AUGUCGGACGGAAACAUAGACGACCGCGAUGCGCCAUGGUUUCCAGAGAACAAAUUCGACUGGCGCCUCGAUGUGGUCACCCUGCUCGCCGUCAUUGGCGAGGCGAGCAUGGCAGAGCACUCCCAGGCCAUCACCGCGUCCGCUUUCUGCUUGCUCCCACGGUUGCUCCCCGCCCCGCAGGCUUUCCUCAAUGCCUCGCGCCCGAAACGACUGCCAGAAACAAAAGCCAUCGUGACGGGUGUCUAUAGCGGCGUCACCCUUGAUUCCGUGUCCUUUUUCGCCAACAUCCUCAUUCCCCUCGACCUGCCCCCGUACGCUUUCAAGGUAUGGGAGAUCAAGCACGUCAACCCCCACCGACAAAACAGCGCAAACUCCAAGGCCUCCAGCCAAGCCCCCACCAGCUUCUACCAAAAGCUCUUCAAGCGUGGGCAAAAGCCCAAAGUUGAAGAGUUGGAGCCUGAUGUAGAGAUGCGGGGGGACGGCAUUCCCAAGCGCGCGGCUGAGGCUGGGGCCACCGUAAGCGUUGACGCGGAGGACGAGGACCCCGCGGCGGGCGGUAUGCGAAGGCGCAACACGCUCAAGGAAAAGGUGGCGGAACAGACAAAGAAGGCGGCCAACGUCAUCAUAGCCGGCGAUAACUUCCUCGUAUCUCUUGCGAUUCUUGCUGGCGCCAUUUACUGGCGCGACGGGACCGCCAUCCUCGCUGUCUCCCUCAUCAGCCUAGCAUCCUCCAUUAUUGGUUACGCCUCUUGGUGGCAGCCCCAGCUCAUGUCCACCCAGGGCGCCGAAAACCGCAAGCUACCGGCCGGCGAUAUCAUGAUCCGUACACGCGAGGGCGCCUUCAUCUAUAUCAAGUGCGACGAGAGCGUCGCACGCGAACUCUUCUCCGGCACCGAGGAGUGCAAGUACCACGUUAGCUCCCGAUUCCACGACGCCCUCAUGGCCGCCGGCACCAUGAUUCUCAUGUUGUCAGUCGUGCUCCUCGGAAAUUGCAAGUGGAAUUCCCAGAUUUUCAUCGGCGCCAGCUACAUUGUCCUCAAUGGCUUCUAUUGGGGCAUUGGCAUGCUCCCGAAGCGCUACUCUUGGAACCUGAACCGCUUCGAGAUCCGAGAUAGGACGCCGUCCGAUGCCCAGCGCGCCCAUGAGCGAGUGGACCUCCGGCAGAUUCCCCCGCCCCCAAAUCCGCAGCCUCUCUCGCCUGAGCUCAAUAAUUGUCAACUCCAGGAGAAACACGGUCAACAGCAGGCACGUCAGGCCCUCACACACCGAUACGAUCCCCGAGCUGGGAGUGCGGACUGGGCCAAGAGGAGCAACGCUGCACCUCAGACAGCCAUUUGGGACGCAUGGCUUAUACAGGCGGAUCGUGAGGCGCGCGCUCAAAACCGGGUCUGGACUGCCGUCACUGCUAAGGAUGAGAUGCUGAACCCAGAAACCCCCAUAUAA